AAAACAUAUUUCAAAAGCCUUUUUUCUCUGUCAGAUGUGGAUGAGUGUAAGGAAGGUCAUCGCUGCUCACAGAAGUGUGUGAAUACGGUGGGGAGUUAUCGGUGUGUGUGUCAGGACGGAUUCAGUCUGGCUGAAGAUGAAAUAACGUGUUCAAGAAUUCCUGCUCCCUCCCCGCCGCCCACCGGGCCUCCAAAAGCAGACGAUCGCUCAUCCAGAAGCCAUGCUGGUGGAGGUUUGGGAUUGGUGGAAAACGUUACCGAAGAAGUUCAGAUCCUUAAAAACAGAGUGGAGCUCCUCGAGCAGAAACUAGAGAUGGUUCUGGCUCCCUUCACUACGCUCUUCCCCUUGGAUGGUGUGGGAGACACUAACAGCUUCCUGCCUGAGAGGACCAACUUCCUGUCGCAUUCUCUGCAGCAACUAGACCGCAUCGACUCGCUAAGUGAGCAGGUCGGAUUCCUGGAGGAGCGUAUCGGAGCCUGUGCCUGCCAGGAGAACUAGACGAUCAAAGAUGGGCUGGAUCCUCUGACACAAGUGAAACCGAUAUCUGAAAAGUCUAAAUGAACAACCGCAACACUGAUCAAAGGCAUGAACCCUGUAAACAUGUUCAGUUCACUCAAAAAGCAUGUAGGGAAACAAAAUGUCAAACACACAAACUCCUGUUUGGCCAAAAUGAGCUGGUGCUUGGAUAUUUCGCAGUAUUUUUCUAUGUAUUUCUUUCAUUUAAUCUGUGGUGUAAGUGCAGCUGUAUGGUCUCUCCAAGUUUGAGUCAGGAGAAAUGUAAAUUUACAUAUUUAUAAAUUCAUGUCCUUCCUGAGUAUUGCUAUUGGGAAAACAAUACAAAAUUGUAUUUUCUUUUUUUGUAUCAUUUUAUGUUUACAUUUUUGUAAUAAAAUUGCAUAAACUUUGAAUGUU